GACUCGCUUGUCGUUGCCCUGUCGUCGUUGCCUCCUUCUGUGUGACGGAGAGUCUGGGUACCCUUGGCUAUGGAACAGAACAAAUUUGCUGCAUCAUUGCGACGAAAGGUGUCCGAUCUGAGGAAGGCGAACGCAGGCAACGUCAUGAACCUCUUAGCCUCUUCAGGGGAAGACCCAAUGCUGGACGGCGAUAGCACCGCGAUGGAGGAGGAGGAGGAAGAAGAGGGAGCAGGAUCCCGAGAGGUGGAGACUUGCAUCGAGUGCGAGGACCAGCACGCCGAGCUCGUAUGUGUGUCCUGCGAGGAGCCGUUUUGUCGACCUUGCUGGGGCUCCCUGCACCGCCAAGGCAAGCGCGCGGAACACGUGACCCGGGCCAUCCUCGGCGAGGUGAUGCCCGCACCGACGGCUCCCACCUCAUCAACGGAGCCCCCCCCCCCCCCCCUGCCCGAAAGAGGCGGGCACAACGACGUCGUAGGCGGCGGCAGCGAGCAGUCCGACAGCGAAGGGAGCGCGUGUGACGGUGAUGGAGACGAUGAGCAUGGCGGGGGCGACGCAAUCGAGAGUGGGUUGGGGCAAGGGGGGGGGGGCGGCGGGGGUCACAAGAAGAAGGGGAGACGCCGUGCGAAGCGCGGGGAGAGCCCGUGGGGCAGGCUCGCCGUGGGGAUGCACGGGUCGAGCGUGCUGGAGGAGUGCCGGUUCAUCCCCCUGAGGCUGGACGCGAGAGAGCGAGGCCUCCUGGCGAUGCUGAAAGGGGCGCUGAACGUCUCGGAGUACACGGACAGAGUGGACGUGUACUCCAGUAGGUGGAGCUUCAAGGCCAGGACCAUCAACGAGGAGCUUCGGAUGACCCUCGCAGCGCUUUCGGGCAUGAUGGUCGCGGGCGAACGAAACUGGGGGCAGAAGAACGCGGCCCUCCUCGACUCGUUGGACGAUAACCAGGACGCCUUCGCCGAUAUUUUCGAGGUCGGGCGGCGGUACAAGAUCACCAACCCGGAGAAGUUCAGGGACUUCUAUGGCAAGAUGAUGUACAUGCUGCAGGACGCGCAGGCGCAGGGGCGGGUGGGGUUGGAACUAGUGAAGGACAUUCAGAUGGUGUAUGAUUUGGUGGAGGAUAGAGGAGGCUUGGAGAUGCUGCAGGACGAGCGAGUCGUGGUGGCCACGGCAGACAUUUCGGGCAUCUCCAUGAGCAAAGCAGAGGUUAGUUUCCAGGUUGCUGCGAAGAACAAGGCGAGGGCGGGGCUUCUGAAAGACUACGUAUCGGAUUCGUUCCCCAAGGAGGAGGUGGAGAGAGUGCUGGAUUCCAUCGCGGACGCGAACAACUACAUUGCCUUCAACGUGGCUCCUGUUGAGAGGACGAUCAGCCUCCUGCAGGAUAACUUUCAUCCCGACAAGCCCGAGGGAGAGUGGAGCCUCAAGCUUAGUGCCAGCGGUGGAAGAAAACGAUUCUCGUCUUCGUCAUCCAUGUUCAGUAGUUACGGCAGCUCGUUCAGCUCCGGGUAUGGGGGAGGGUACGGGAUCUCGUCCAUGUUCGGCUCUUCCUCGUCGGCGCAGCUGUCCCACGACCACCGUACGCAAUACACCUUCGUGUGGCAAAGCCUCCUGCUGUGGAGCGAGGCCAUGAGAAGCAUGUACCGACUGUGGUACUUCGCGGAUAGCGAUUUGCUCUCAGGGAAGGCCUCCUACCGGCUACAGAACACGGGACAAGGGCUCCACAGGGUCCAGCAGUGCCCCUCGGUGAGCCAGGAAAUGCGACGGAUCCUGAGAAUAGUGCAGUCGACGUGCGGCCCGUGGGUCGGCCUGAGCGUGGUGCACCUGGGGGACCGCGACGUGCCCAACGCUCUCGUUUUCAUCGACAAGUACACUCAGAUCCCUCGGAUCCUCAACCCCGUCGUUGAGGCAGUCCGAUCGCUUGAAGGGAUGGCUCAUGACCCGGUCCUCGGCCACUACGUGGACGUAGGCUGGGGCGGCGUUCAAAACGCCAAGAUGGCCAUCCUGUCGGACUUUUUCAAGCACGGAUGGGAUGGCUCCGGGGACGAUGGGGGGUCCUGCAUCGACGGACGGCUCACCUCUGCGUGGAACUGGUGCUCCCUUCUGCCCAAGAAGCCUUUCGCGCCGAUCUUCUACCUCGCCGGGCAGUACGGCUUUGACGGGGGGUGGGGCAGCGGGCUAGGAGACUAGCGACCCGUUUUGACCUCUCCCGCGCGCGCGCCUAUAGCUCCGGAUUAUUGUGUUUUAGUGAGAGGCGAGACUGCAAGCUGUAAUCAACAACAGGUGUUGGGGAUAGAUUGAAGUUUCUAGACCAAAUGAAGGGCCUUGGAGACGUCCCCGACUCCCUGUUGUCCAUGACGGACAACCUGCUGGGACCACUUCUUGCCUUGCCGAUCGGAGACAAGAAUAGCGGGACUGAGAGGCUUAUUAUUAUUUAUGCAUAUUAGCGACGUUUUCGUGGCUAGACGUUGGAACUCGCACACAACUGCAGUGUACAUCUAGCACAUGGGCUUGGAUUUUUUUGUCUAUUUGGUACCUGUGGCCGGAGAGCAAACAAGAGCUGGAAUCACAACUCAACAAACAGCACAAACAUCUGUGUUGGCACCAACCCCAAGCACUCUCUUGCCUGAGUAUUGGAGGGAGUUGUUGGCGGUUUGCCUCCUCGGUCUAUCAUCAUUUUAUUAUUUAUACCCUUACCACCCCAGUCAAGCUGUUUUGACUUUGGCUCUUGUUGGCAGGUAGCCGCUGCUCGUU